AUGGGAUUAGAAAACUGGACAGGUGUGAUAGAGUUCUUUCUCUUGGGACUCUCAGAAGAUCCAGAACUUCAGCCCAUUCUCUUUGGACUCUUCCUGCUUAUGUACCUAGUGACAGUUUUUGGAAACCUGCUUAUCAUUCUGGUCAUUGUCUCUGACUCCCACCUCCACACUCCUAUGUACUUCUUCCUCUCUACCCUGUCCUUCACUGACAUCUGCUUUAGCACCACCACGGUCCCUAAGAUGCUGACAAACCUUCAGAGACAGAGCAAAGCUAUCAGUUACACAGGUUGCAUUACACAGCUCAGCUUUGUCUUGCUUUUUGCUGGAAUGGAAAACUUUCUCCUUGCAGCAAUGGCUUUUGAUCGGUAUGUGGCUAUCUGCACUCCACUUCACUACACAGCCACCAUGAAAUUCCACCUGUGUUUUCUGAUAAUUUUAUUUUCUUUGGGCAUUAGCAUUGUGGAUGCCCUUCUGCAUGGUUUAAUGAUUUUGCGGCUAUCUUUCUGUACAUAUCUUGAAAUUCCCCACUUUUUCUGUGAACUUGAUCAGGUCAUCAAGCUUGCAUGUUCUGACACUCUUAUCAAUAACAUUCUGGUAUAUUCAGUGACUAGUGCAUUAGGUGGUGUCCCCCUACUAGGGAUUAUUUUUUCUUACUUUAAAAUUAUCUCUUCCAUACUGAGAAUGCCAUCACCAGGAGGUAGGUAUAAAGCUUUCUCAACAUGUGGAUCUCAUCUGUCCGUUGUUUCCUUGUUCUAUGGGACAGCUUUUGGGGUAUAUAUUAGUUCUGCAUUUACAGAGUCAUACAGGAAGACUUCCGUGGCAUCACUGAUGUACACUGUGCUCCCUCCAAUGCUGAACCCAUUUAUCUACAGUCUGAGAAACAGAGAUAUCAGGAGAGCUUUGAGGAAAAUCAUCUGA